AUGGCUAGACAUGUGAUACGAGAUGAGCACGUACAAGAGAAUGCUGAGAGUCUUCAUGCUUCACUAUCGGGGACUAGCAGUUUGGUGAAGGCUCAACACCCUGUCAUAUCAUCCAUGAUUCACCUUGUUUACCAGGCAAGGAACAUGAACAUAUUUGAGAAAGUAGAAGUGCGGAAUCGACCUCUGCGAUCGGAGAAAUUAACAACGAGCACUUCGCUUGCAGCGGAGGCUGCCGCCAGAGAUGGGUCUGCGGCCGGGAGGUUCUGGAUCGCCUGCCAGGAGGAGGCGGUGUUCGCGUUGUAUACUCCUUUUAUGGUGUGCCUGGCGGCGGGGAAGCUGGGUCUAGACGUCUUCCGCAACUACAUUGCCCAGAAUGCGCGCUUGCUAAAGGCCUUCGCUCAAGCCUACCAGAUGGCGGAAGGAUAUGCGGAUGACGAUGAAUCCAAGGCUGUAUUCAAACAAUUGAGGAUUUCUGUUCUUAAAAGACUUACAAUGAAUGAUUCAGUAUCCCGAGAAUGGGGAAUUGCCACCAGACAAGAGGUAAUUCCCAAUUCUGCAACACUGAAGUAUACUGAAUUCCUGCUUGAAACUGCUGCUGGAAAAAUUGAAGGGGGGAAAGGUUCUCUUUUAAUAGACACUCCCUUUGAGAAGACCAGAAUUACAGCAUAUACAGUUGGUGCUAUGACUCCUUUCACCAGACUUGUUGCUUAUUUAGCCAAAGAACUUCAUUUCCAUUUGAAACACAAAGGAAAUGAUCAUCCGUGCAAGAAAUGGAUCGACAUAUAUGCCUCUGCAAGUUUUGAGGCAUCUGCUGUGCAAAUAGAACAGUUGUUAGAUAAACUGAGUGUUUCACUGACGAGUGAGGAACUUGCAAUUGUUGAAAAGCUUUACCGUCAAGCUAUGAAACAUGAAAUUGAAUUCUACAGUUCUCUUCCAAUUGUCCAACCUGCAUUGGUUCCAUUGCUGAAAGUGCAUGAUCUGACUCACCACCUGGUUAUCUUUUCUGAUUUUGACUUGACAUGCACUGUGAUUGAUUCUUCUGCUACGCUAGCAGAGAUUUCUAUCUCAAUUUCAUCCAGGGCCAGUCCAAGUGGAACUGAUGAUGAUAAUCAGAAUGCUCAGGUGUCAUCAUCUGAUGUGAGGACUGCCUGGGAUGCUAUUGCGAAGCUGUAUACUGAGGAAUUUGGGCAAUGUAUUAAAAGCAUAGUUCCAUCAGAACAGGCUAAGACAUUAGAUUAUGAAAGCCUAUACAAUAACCUUGAGCAGAUUUCCGUCUUUGAAAAAAGAGCAAAUUCUAGGGUUAUAGAGUCAGGGUUGCUAAAAGGAAUAAGCUUAGAAGACAUAAAAAGAGUUGGGGAGCUUUUGGUCCUCCAAGAUGGCUGUAAAGAUUUUUUCCAGGAGUCUGUAAAGAUGAAAGAAAAAUUCAAUGCUGAUUUUCAUAUACUGUCAUGUUGUUGGUGUGCAGAUCUUAUGAGAUCAGCCUUCUCCUCAGUUGGUUGUUUGAAUGCUUUGAACAUACACUCUAAUGAGUUCAUCUACGAGGAAUCAAUUUCAACAGGAGAAUUUGUGAGGACAAUUGAGUCCCCCACGGACAAUGUUGAGACAUUCAGAAACAUAUUAGCCAACCUUGGUAGCAGUAAACAGCCUUUGUCCGUCUUCAUCGGAGAUUCAAUUGGUGACUUGCUGUGCUUGCUGGAAGCGGAUGUUGGAAUCAUCAUCGGUUCUAAUUCAAGCUUGAGGAAAGUUGGGGAGCAAUUUGGUGUAUCUUUUGUUCCACUUUAUUCUGGUCUGAUAAAGAAACAAAGUGAAGUCGCUGGUGAGGACUCCCUUGUUUGGAAGGGACUAUCCGGUGUUCUCUACACAGCAUCGAGCUGGACUGAGAUUCAUGCCUUUCUUUUUGGGGCCUAAGUUUUUUUUCUCCAGAUGGCUCCUCCUUUCAACUUGAAUGAAAAGGGAGUUCAUGCAGAGGCCUUUCAUCAUGCUCAGGCAACUUUUUUUAUUCGCCGUGCAUCCUCUCUAACAUCUCUUACAAAACUACGACACUCACAAAUGUUCAUUUUUCUUUUAAGAUUAGGAUCAACUUUACACAG